AUGGCAACAUCCGAAAACAAGCAACGACAGCUCCGCGGAGACCUCUACUUCGCGUUCACCCCAGAGAUGGUAGAAGGCCGCCGCCGCUGCACCCUCGCUUGUCAAGCCUUCAACAACUACAGCGGCGUAAGCAGGCGUGAGCGCGUUCGUCUAUGGCGCGAAAUCGUCGGGGACACCACGCCCUUGCCAUCUCCCAAGGCGACCGAGAUCGAAGACGAAGCCCUCUUCUCCAACGAACCAUGGGUAGAACCACCCAUCCGCAUCGACUAUGGCACCAAUCUCGUUCUCGGAGAAGGAGUUUUCAUCAAUUUCAACGCUACGAUUCUGGAUACCUGCAAAGUCACGAUUGGAGCCCGGACGCUGCUGGCUUCGGGUGGCACGGCGGGACCGGAACUGGGCAAGGAGAUCACUAUCGAAGAGGACUGCUGGCUGGGUGGCAAUGUGACAGUCUUGCCGGGCAUCACGAUUGGGAAGGGGAGUACUGUGGGGGCGGCGAGUGUGGUUACGAAGGAUGUUGCGCCUUACACGGUUGUGGCGGGCAAUCCGGCGAGGUUCAUCAGGGACGUGCCGAGAGGAACUAAGGAGGAGUUUACGAGUGGUGCGGUGGAAGCUCUAGCGAGGGACGAGGGCAACGCUUGGGACUACGACCCGGAUGAGCAGCAUGAGCCGGCGGACGUCUGA